AAAAAAUUGAAGAAUGAACAAAAGUUGUCGUUGCUGUUUACAUUUAAACCCGGCGUUUUAAAAUGCCAGAAACACUUUGGGAGAUUGCAGUACAGCAGAAUAGAACUAAGUCAGUACAAAUAGGUACAGAAAACACAUUAAUUUUUGCUGGGAACAAAGGAUCAGGGAAAAGUACAAUUAUCAACCGAUUUCUCGAAAAAGACGAAACUCCUAAAUCUACUCUAGCUCUUGAUUAUAAUUUUGGACGGAAAGGUGCCGGAAAUUAUCAUGUUAGGUUUUUGCGAACUUAUUUGUGACUUAGUAGACUCGAGUUGUGUCGCAUAUAUGGGAGUUAGGGGGUGGUAUCAGACUUUCAGAUCUAAUUGGUGUCGUAAUGACACCCAAUAACAUUUUGAAUCUUCACCUGAUUUUAGUUAUUGAUCUAUCCAAACCAGAGGAACUUUGGGAUACUGUGGACACUUUGUUGAAGUCAGCUUCCGCUCGUGUUGAUCAGAUUCUAAACCGUCUCCACCAAAAAAACAUAACGCGCAUCCAAAAUAUUUUUAGUGAAAAGUGGAGAAACCGAAUUCCACCAACACAUCCUGACAUAGAACUGUUGAACCCCUUUCCUUUGCCCCUCACAUUCCUGGGGUCAAAACAUGACCUUUUGAUGACCCGAGACGCUGAACAGCAGAAUCUAAUUUGUAAAACAAUCCGCUUUCUCAGCCAUUUUUAUGGAGCGUCUGUUUAUUUUUCCUCCACCAAAGAAGAUGGGAUACUUAAAAGGAUAAGGGCUGUUCUCAAUCACAUCGCUUUCAAUGGCAAGGACAUAACCAACGUCCAAAUGGAAACAGGGAAACCGUUGGCAAUCCCAGUUGGUGUCGACUCAUUCUCAAAUAUCGGAACACCACCACAUGCAAAUAUAGGAAUAGGACGUCUUACUGCAAAAUCUCCAUUGGAAAUGUGGAAAAAUAUUUUCUGUAGUAAAUUUCCUCAGAAAUCUGGAUUAACACUCUCAUUGAGUAAUAUAACACAUAAUUUAACAGAUCCAAGUAAAGAUCCACAAUAUUCUGAACCACUUAUUGAUUCUGCUCGAAAAGUAAAAGAUGAAGAGUUGGAAAGUAAACGACGUCAAAGUGAACGACAUAUGUACAAUUUAUUACAACAAAUUACUUCAGAAGGAUUAAUUAUUGUUUAAGUUUAAUCUUAUAUUUUAAGUCCCACCUAUGAGUCUAUAUGUGUGUGUGUUCUUUUAGUAAACUAGCAUGCAAAAAAAGAUAAUUGUCUCCAGAUGAAAAUUACCGUUUUACAGUUCUUUCUUUUUUUUAUUACAAUACCUUCGAUUUCACAAGAUUAAAUGUUAUCCUGAUCAAAUAUUUCCAAAUAAAUGAAGUUACGAUCCUUA